AUGGCCUCUUCAUCGUCUCACCUGCCGUCUUCUUCCCGCGACGAUCAGCUCCGAGUAUCGGUUCACGAGCCAGACCGUCCAAUAAACGAGAACUCGCCGCUUCUGUCAGCAAAUAGUGAUAGUAGUCGCCCUACCAGCCCCGAUGCUGACGAAGCCGAUGUCGUCGACGAGUCCCAAGAGACCAAGAGUUUCUGGUAUCUAGUGUUGCUCGCUCUCGGUAUUGGUGGUCUCCAGCUUGCAUGGUCUGUGGAGUUGUCCAAUGGAUCUCCGUAUCUGCUGUCUUUGGGGCUGAGCAAAUCACUCAUGGCACUCGUGUGGAUUGCAGGCCCCCUCACGGGAACUCUGGUCCAGCCUUAUGUGGGCAUGCUCAGCGACAACUGCCGCCUUCGUUGGGGUAAACGGAAGCCAUUCAUGGUGGGAGGGGCCUUAGCAACGAUUGUUUCGCUGCUCUUUCUAUCCUGGACAAAAGAGAUCGUCACUGGCUUUCUGGGGUUGUUUGGAGCCGAUCCCCAGUCAGCCGGUGUCAAGAAUUCGGUCAUUGUUGUCGCAGUGAUAGGUAUCUAUGUCCUUGACUUUGCUAUCAACACUGUCCAGGCCGCGAUUCGGGCUUUCAUGGUUGAUUGCGCCCCUGCUCACCAGCAAGAGGCGGUUAAUGCCAUGGCCAGCCGGCUUACGGGAAUUGGGAACAUCCUUGGCUAUAUUGCGGGAAAUCUGGAUCUCCCCAAGUAUCUCUGGUUUCUCGGCGACACCCAGUUCAAGAUCCUAUGUGCCAUUGCUUGCGUUGCACUCGGAAGCACCAUUCUACUCAGCACGACAGCAAUCAAAGAGAGAGACCCGCGGCAGGAUGGUCCCCCUCCAUCGGACCGACCGGGUGUCUUUGUAUUCUUCUUCACCAUCUUCAAGUCAAUUAAGCGCCUACCCCCUCAAAUCAAGAAGGUAUGCAAGGUUCAAUUCUUCGGUUGGGUAGGAUUCUUCCCUCUUCUCUUUUAUACAUCUUCGUAUAUUGGCGAAAUCUAUGUGGAACCAUUUCUGGAAAAGAACCCCAACAUGACACCGGAAGAGCUCGAUAAGCUCUACGAGCAAGCGACAAGAGUUGGCACAUUUGCAUUACUGGUCAACUCCAUUGUGAGCCUAAUGACCAACCUGUUUUUGCCCUUUUUCGUUGCGCCGACAUACGGCCACCAGCCUCUCAUGAGUGACGCCCCGAGCGAGACCGAGAAUUCCUUGAAAACGUACGACGAUGAUCAUUCCAUACUCGACCGUCUUCAGAUCCCUGGCUUCACCCUCAGGCGUGCAUGGUUUGGCUCAUUGGUACUGUUUGCCUUCUCCAUGUUUUGCACCGUGAUUGUGCGAUCUGUCGAGGCUGCCACCGUCUUGAUUGGCAUAGUUGGUAUUACUUGGGCGAUGGCUCUCUGGGCACCAUGGGCAAUCAUCAGUGCCGAAAUUAGCCGCCGCGAUGCCCUCGUGCGGGUUCGAAAGGCCCGGUCUGUGACCUCGUCUCGCCCCGGUGGUGAUAGGAGUGCACGGGCGGGCGCGCCCAGCAAUUCCGGUCAUCACGAUGACGCCGUCGACGAGGAGGAGGUGGACCAGGCGGGCGUCAUUCUCGGCAUCCACAACAUGGCCAUUGCUGCACCCCAGAUCAUCGCCAACGUGGGAUCAAGCAUCAUUUUCAAGAUCUGGCAGAAGCCACGUGGUACGCCUGGUGACCACAGCUUUGCCGUUGUGCUUGCACUUGGUGGUGUAUGUGUCCUGGUAUCAUCGUACUUCGUGCUACGGAUCAAAGACAGUCCUGAUCUACCAGCCGAUGCCAUGAUCAGUGUGGAGGAGGGUAGUGGUCCUGGCAACGUAUCUGGACCACCUGCCAGACCAACUCACCACAGGAGGAAAUCAAGCUUCGAGAAACUACCCAGGGCCAGCCUCGGCAGGGCGACGUUAACGAGAAACAAGAGUUUCAGUGGGGCGGAGAUGCUUUGA